AUGAAUAAAUAUAUUUUAUUAUUUAUUUUAUCUACAUUUCUUAGUGUAGUUAAAUCAUCAUUAGAAACAUGUAUUUUUCAAAAUUCAACUCAUAUAAUUGAUAUGUCUUUAAUAAAGAAUUCUACAUUCUUGUAUCGAGUAAAUCAUUAUACUGAUUAUUCAUUUGCAGUUUGUUCAGUAAAUAAUGGUUGUUCAAGUAUUGGAGAUAAUAUUCAAUCAUGUCAACAUGUUGAAAGAGGUUUUUUUGAAAUUGGUAAUUUUGGAAAAGGUCAAUUUUCACUCAAUCCAUUAUCUGAAUAUAGCCUUAAAAUCAGUUAUAAUGCUUCAGGUACACAAAGUGGUCCAAAUGUAAUUUGUCCAAAUGGUAAUAAUAGAAGUUCAAAUUAUUAUUAUAAAUGUAGUCCAGAAUAUGAAUUUACAAUUGAAAAACAAACUGAAAGUCCAAUGUGUGUUUAUGAUAUUUAUAUUAAAACAAUAUAUGCAUGUCCAUUACCAAAACCAACUCCAUCACCAACUCAAACAUCAACUCAAUCACCAACUCCAUCACCAACUCAAUCACCAACUCAAUCACCAACUCAAUCACCAACUCAAUCACCAACUCAAUCACCAACUUCAACACCAACUUCAACACCAACUUCAACACCAACUUCAACACCAAAUAAUUCACCAAUUUAUUGUGAAUCAAAUGAAAAUGGUUUAUUUAUAAAUAGUACAGAAUUAAUUGUUUGUACUGGUAAUGGAAAAACUAAUUGUAUAACAGAAGAAGGUUCAACAUGUGGAACUGAUCAACCAAAUGGAGUUAUCACAUGCACAACACCAAAUUCUUUUAUCUCUUGUAGUGGUAAUCAUAUUGUUUGUAAAACUUCAUAUUUCACUUGUAAAAUUAAUACUAAAUUAUAUUCAGGUUUAAAUGUUAAUGAUUUAGUAAUUAAUUCAAAUACUUUUGGUAGUGAUGAAUUAAUUAUUCAAGAAAAUCAACAACAACAACAACAAAGACAAAUUAAUUCUUCUUCAACUUUAAUUUUUUCAUUCAAUAUUUUUAUUUAUUUAACUUUAAUAUUAUUAUUUUUAAUUUUAUAA